AUGCCUUCACUAAAAGCCUACACGCCUUAUGAGACACUUGCAUUCUGCCAGUCUGUCGUCCAUCAUGGUUCUGAUACCGCGGCUUUUGAAGGCAUCGCGACCGCCUUGAAUGCCAACCAGCUGAUUCGAGAAAGCGAAACUUAUGACCACACCCGUUUGACCGCCGCAGCGCUGCAAGGACUAUACCAUGAGCUCCUGGUCGAAGAGAGGAAUGCUCAGACACCUCCCAUGGUGAAUGGCGACAACGGUCUAAAUGGCACAAAUCCGCGAAAGCGGAAGUUGUCCACCUCGCCCGCUCCUCCAGCUGCAGCCGAAAGCGAUGGAGAGGAACAGAGGAUAUUGCAAGCACUGGUGGACAAGCUCUAUGCUCGCUUCAGGGAACAGGCCAUAAAAGAGAUUCGACAGGAGGAAGAGGACUACAUCAGACUGCAGGCCGAAAUUGCAGAACUGGAGAAGGCUGAAGAGAACAAUAAGAAGCAGCACGUCGAUGCUGAUCAAGAGAAAACUCCACGAGUUGAACCGCCUAAAACGAUCGCAGAGGAAAUCCCCAAACCGCCAGCAGUCCAAAGCAGCACUGAUGCCACGACCGCAGCGCUGCCUGCUAGCCUCGAGGCGAGUCAAAGCGAGCAGAUCAGCUCGGGCGUCGCAGCGGCUCCAGCAUUAGAUACAGAGGCAUCGCCUACAUCGGUUCGUAGCAGCCUACACCAACCUGUCACUCCUGCUCGUUCUCCUGCUCCCACCAUUGCUCCAAAAGUAUCAACAGAACCUGCUUCGAUAAGACCGGCACAACCAGCCCCAGCACAUCCUCCACAUCGAUCGCCAGGAGCGUUUCAUCGUACCCUGCCGGUUCCUUCUCCUCAACGACCAAACUAUGGCCCUAUCAACCCUCAACAUUUCCAGCCUGGCCCUCAGGGCCAACCUGUGCCGGUACUGCCACAAUACGCGGGAUCGCCUCACAUGCCCCCACCUGCAGAAUUUCCUGCUCAAAAGCGCGGAAGUUCAGCAUCUGGUCAGGGAAGAGGCUCGCCUAUCCCAAUGCAACCUCAGCAGCCGUAUCCAGGAUAUGCUGGGUAUCCUCAGCAACCUCCCUGGCCUCACCAUAUGCCUCCUCAAUACCCCCAGCCUCCGCCAUACCCCAACUCGCCAUAUUACAUGCAAUCACCUACUGGGCGGCAUGCAAUACCAUAUCAAACUCCACAUCAUCCAGGUUAUGCCCCGUAUCCUCAAAGUGCACCGAUUCAUUACCAGGGCCAGCCUCCACAUCCUCAAAUAUGGCCAUCACCACAGCCUGGCCAGCCAUACUAUGGCUAUCCUGGUUCUGCGAAUAUGACACCGAUACCUAGAAGUGACUCGCGGCAGGAAUCACAGAGAGGAAGAUCAUCAACACCAUGGAAAAAGCGUGCUCAAAUUCCCAUGGGUGCACGGCCACCUAGCCCGACACGACCAGAGCGCGAGGUUAGUCCUCUCACGGAUACGGAAUCGCCGACCCGGGCAGGAACGGUGUCGAAAUCCCCUGGCAAGGCCGACCAAAAAGUCGACGAAAGUGGUCCCUCCACGCGAGAAGUUGCACAGGCGGCUAGAGGCCGACAAGCAACAAGUGCAACCCCCGGCGCCUUUGCUGGAUCCCGGUCGCAGUCGCUUGCUUCCUUCACGUCGGAUACACCCACGGACAGGCGUAAGAAGGGUGGACAGGCUCAAAAGAUCAAGGCUGAACCACCCAGUACUCCCGUGCCAAUACCGUCGGAUACAGAGCAGCCAACCCAACGAACCGGCAAUCGGCGUGGAAGACCUCGAACUAGUACCGCGACCUCUAAAACUGAUCUGAUCCCACCAACUACCGGUAUGAAUAAACGCAAGCGAUCAGUUAAUCGUGACUCUGCCACUCCUCCGGCCUCACUUCCAACGCAGUUACCAUCACCAGUAACUACCGCAAUAACACGUUUGCACCCCGAACACUCUGUGGGUCGCCAAUUCUCGACUUCUCUUUCGCACGAUCCCUCACUCGUGUGUGUAUCGAGACGUUUCGCAAAAACGGCUCAGCUCUUGCUCAAUGACCUCGUCUCCCACAAACUCGCGAGCAUCUUCGCCAAACCGCUUUCCGAGCGCGAUGCGCCGGGAUAUAAAGAUCUUGUAUCGAAACCUCAGGAUCUGAAGAGCAUCAAGGCGGCGAUUACGAAAGGAGGGAGAGCGGCUUUGGCCGCGAUUGAGGCACUCGAAGAGAGAGCCGAAAGUAAAACCGCAGCCGGAAAUCAUGGUGAAGGUGAGCAGUUUUCUACGCCCAAUGCGACAGCGCUCUCGACAACUGCAACCACCACUGCAUUGGAUGGGAAUUCGACUGGGGGCGAAAGGGCGCUGGGAAACGGUGUUUAUAUUGUCAGAGCAACAGAAGACCUUGUCCCUCCCAAAGGAAUAGUGAACUCGGCGCAGCUGGAGUUGGAGCUUGUCCGGAUGUUCGCAAACGCAGUCAUGUUCAACCCUCUACCGAGCUCAGAACGUGGAUUCGGCCGCUCUCUACGUCUAAGGAGACGGGGUGGGGAUGUUGCUCCUCCAUUCAAAGACGCGGAUGGAGAUAAUGAUGCAGGAGCGGUAGAGAGUGAGGGAUCGGAUGGCGGCAGUUCUGGCGAGGAGGUCGGCAUCAUUUCUGACACGCGAGAGAUGUUCGAGGACGUUAUGAGCAAGCUUAGGAAGUGGAAAGAGCUUGAGCAUGAAAGACUGGGAAACGUGGGCGCUGGCUUGAACCCAGAGUCAGAGCACACGGUCGCGAACUCGGCUCCGAGCAACCUGAAGUCAGCGCUCCAAGUCCCGGUACAGGGGAGUUCCAGUGGCAAUGCAAGUUCGAAUGUGAGCGUCGUUAUCAGCGCCAACCCAAGCCUCAGACACUCGUCGAGUGUUGAGAAAGAGGAUGAAGGAGCAACACCGAGUACACCGGCAGCAUCGGGAACGGGAACGGCAAGAAAGAGGAGGCGCAUUGCGGACGGGUAG